GCUGGUACUGCUGCGGUGCCUGGCCUGGGUACUGUUGGUUGGGAUAGUAGGGCUGCUGCUGUUGUUGUUGUUGAUGAGGAGGAGGCGGAUGGUAGCCCUGGUUGUGGUUCUGGUUCUGGUUCUGGCCAAAGGGGAGGAUGUUGUGCUGGCGGUUGAGGUCCUCGAGCUUGUGCUUGACCUGGUUGAACGCGUCCCGGAGCGGCAUGUUGUGAGAGGGAAGAGUGGCUGGACCUGUAUUGUCCUUUCCUGUCCUCGUCUUGUAUUUGUCUUUGUGUGGACGCUGGAUGUGGCUGAUGGCCAGCCUGUUGUCUGCCUGCUCCCCCGUGAAUGUGAGUUGUUGACGGCAGUGGGAAUCGUGACGUGACGUCGUGUCGCCUGGCUCCCACCCCCACUAAAGCCAUCCUUGGGUCCU